AAAGAAACAAUGUUUUUCCCAAGAUAAAACUGUGCCUUAAUAAAUGGAUCGGUCUCUUGAUUGUGGUUCAUAAACAGAUUUAAAUGCUAUCAAAUCGGUUUUUUCUUUUUUAGUUAUCUUGUGUAAUCGUCAGCAACAUAUCCGAUUCAUCGUCCGUCAUGGUAUGGAUCUAGUCCACAACAAUGGUAUCAGCUUUUCCUGCGUUAGUGUUCCUUGGAACUUAUAUUUUUCAUCAAGAUGAGAUUCCAGAGAAUGAACGAUCUAAAUUGACUGAUAAUUCGACUCUGUCAGUAAAGUGGUGUUGCAACAGCUCAAUUUUUGACCCUCUGGCAACUGCAUCAAUUCGUGGUUAUCCGGAAGAGGUAGAGAGGAUACUUAAGGAGGAUCCAAAAAAUAUUGACAUCCAAGAAGAAGGCGGGCUGACAUCCCUACAUUGGGCCUCCAUUAGAGGGCAUGUGGACGUCGUCAAGAAACUCCUCGAGUAUGGAGCAAACGUCUCUUCUACAGAUGAAGACAACAACACGGCCCUCCACAUGGCUGCACUAAGUGGCAAUCUAGAGGUAGUUCAUAUCCUCUUGGUUUCCGGAAGUCCCAUCAAUGCUCAGAACAUGUUUGGUGACACUCCUCUACAUCUAGCUGUCAAACAGGGUCACUUUGACUCGGUUGAAACACUGCUUAGUCACGGUGCAUCCACCAACAUUUUCAAUUACAAAAAGAAAACUCCGUUAGGAUUGGCUGUCACUAAAAGAAAUGAGCCCCUUGUAAGACUACUCAGAACUGCUUCAGAGCAUUCGGAAGCGCAUUACUGGGUUAACAUGAAUGAAGAAAUACCAACAGAUGCUGUCCUGGGUGGCAAUGAUCCUCACAAUUGUAACAGGUCUUUCAUUGGCAGGAUCAUGAUUAGUGGGCAAUUUGUUCCAGCUAAGGUCUGCCCUAAUUUGAGGCGUGCCUAUGCUGUAGUUAAUGGCUCAGAAUUUUCCAGUAAUCAAUAUCAGGUUCUUACCAGCAGUCAUGCCGCUUGGAGGAGAAUGACAGAUGAAGAUGACAUUCCAUAUGAAGCCAUUGUGGGGGGUACCACUUCCACUGGGGAAAAAAUAUAUAUUGGCAGAAGUUUCAUAUCAUUUGAAGAGGUGCUCUAUUUGGUUCCAGGAAAGGUUCGUAGCAGUAAUAGACGCCUAUCUAUGCCUCUGUUUGGUAGUGUGUAUGACAAAACAAACUAUGAAAUACUUGUAUCCUACUAUUAAAAGAUAUUUUAGAUAAAGAUAUAUAAGAUAAGAUAAAUAUAUAUAUAUAUAUAUAUAUAUAUAUAUAUAUAUAUAUAUAUAUAUAUAUAUAUAUAUAUAUAGAGAGAGAGAGAGAGAGAGAGAGAGAGAGAGAAUAGAAAAAUAAUUUAUUAGAAUAGAAAAAUAAUUUUAUUCUGGGACGAAGUCCCUUCAGAAUAACAAAAAAGUACAGAAAUUAAAAUUUUACAUCUGGCCAGAUAAAAACAAACAUAACAAAUUAAGAUAAUGAUAGGUCAUUAAAGAAAAGUAAAGAAAAAAAAUAUUGGUUAUACAUACUAUAUACAAAAUAAAAUAUAAAAAUCUAUAUAAAAAACUCUUGAAACCAUACUAAGAUAUUUAAAACUAUGUACGAUGUUAAAAUAUAAAUAAACCCUUUUAGAAAAAAUAAAAAAUACAGAAAAAAUAAAUGUAUAUUCUUCUUAACAGUAAAAUCUGUUUCUGUUGAAACAGAAAAAAAAAAAAAGAGAAAAAGAAAGUCGAAUCUAUAAUAAGUAUUCAGGUCAUGAGCUAUAUGUGAAUAUGGUCUUAUAUAUAAUGUGUAAUUUUACAUAAAAGAUUAGCUGGUGCCUGACUGUUUUUGGGACAGGAAUUGGAAUAGGAGGGUUUUGAAUGUAGAUAAGGAUGAAGAAUGUCGAAUUUUGAUUGGAAGGGAAUUCCAGAAACUAACAGAACGUGCAAUAAAGGAGUUUUGGAACGAGGCAGAUCUGUGAGAAGGAAUGUAAAGGUCGGAAGGUCGAGAUCUUGUGGAGAGGGAGUGGACUGAGGACUUGAAUUGGAGAAGGUUGUAGGCGUAGGAAGGACGAUGAUUGUUGAUGAUAUGAUAGAGGAAUGUAUAUAUACAUACAUUAUAUAUAUAUACAUACAUACAUAUAUAUAAUUUUAAUUUUAUUUCUGUAACUGUGCAACGGAACAAAUUUUAAAAUAUUUGUAUCAUAUUCCUCAAUUAUAUUGGAAAGAUAUACUCAUUUAUUUAUUUAAUAUAUGAUUUUAUAAAUUUAGAGACUUGAUAUAAAAUCAAAUAAAAAAUUGUCAGUAAUAGAGCGUAAUUAUCAUUUUUCAUGAAAAAUCACGUGGUUAUAAGCGCCUUUUAAGUGCAUCUUUUAAAGUUAUGUUGUGAUUUCUAAUUUUGAAUGUAAUUUGUUUAAAAUCAAAAAAUAAAAGUCAUAAAUUGGUUUUUACUUUUAUUAAUUCCUCAAGGUAGUAUACAGCUGACAUCUCAACCCAUCCUGACACUGUUAUCACCACGUAUGCUGAUAACACAUGUAUCCUAUGUGUUCAUAAUGAUCCAUCAGCUGCAUCCCAAACUCUCCAAUCACAUAUUACAAAUCUUGAAGAAUGGUGUAAAAACUGGAGAAUUAAAAUAAAUUCCAAUUAAUCCCACCAAAUUACCUUUACCUUGCGUCGCAAACCUAUGACCUCCUGUCCUACAGUAUCCUUUAACAGUUCCCCACUUAUCAUAAUUGAAUCAAUCCGUUACCUAGAACUCCACCUGAACAAACGACUCACAUGGCUGAAACUCAAGAAACCGCUCGACGUUUCCGACUAUUCCAGCACUUAGUAGACAAACCCUAUAACCUUUCAAUCAAUUACAAACGACUCUUAUAUAUGACAAUAAUAAGACCUAUUUGGACUUACGGAAUUGAGCUUUGGAGCUCCACUAAACCAUCGAAUUCCUUUCGUAUCCAAUACUGACAAUCCAAAAUCCUUCAUAAAAUCCUCACCGCUCCUUAAUUUGUCACAAAUAAAAUCAUCCAUAAAGGCUUUAAUUUUCCAUAUGUUUCCGAUUUGGCCCAAUCCAGAUACCUAUCUUUCCAUAACAAACUGCAGAACCACCCGAAACCUCUCGUUUCAAACCUUGCUUCCUCCUCGAUCCCUGAUAAGUAGAAGGAAUGAGAGAAUGGGAUAAGAAUGCAAGGGAUGGGAAGUGUUGUCAGGGUGGUUUGAUCUAUAAGUCAUGUAGUCACGUAUGUAGGAAUAUGAACGUUGAGGGAAGUGAGUUUCUGUCAUUAGAGCAAUAUGAAUUUUCCCCUAAGUGGUUGUCAUGAAGAAAAGUGUCAAGUUCGUCUCGUUGAUUGUGUAAUCCGUUCGCAUUCCAUAAAAGAACAUCUGGGGGCUUUGUGCCAAUUGUGGGAGAUUAAAAGGAAUUUCGAUAUGGAUUCUUGUGAGAAGAGUGAUUAGUGGCUUAAUAGCUUCAUGGAGAUCUUUCAAGACGGAGAAAAGGGUAGAGUUUAUUAAUUGAAUCGGGUUUUGUUGGUCAGGUGGGAUUUGAUCAGGAAUUCGAGAGAGAUAGCUGUUGAGAUAAGGAAGGUCUGAUGAAGGUUGUACCCGUCGUGAUGUAGGAGAGGCUGAAUUAUAAAUAGAUGGAACUUGGGAAGGAGAAUUAUUGUGAGCAGUGGGAUGGGAGUAAACUUGAGCUGGAUGUUCAGUAAUGGUAAUUUGAUACGUAGAGGUAACUAACUGAUAAGGAGGCAUUUGCUGAGAUGAAGAUUUUAACUGAAUGUGGGGGGUAUGAGUCUUGGAUUGGGAAUUCUGGAUCUUAGGAUUGGAAGUCUGAGUCUUAGGUUUGGAAGUCUUAGGCGUCUGACGUAGCUGCUGAUUAUUCACCAUGGUGUCUGAAUAUAGUUGCCAGGAGUUCUGGUGGAGAUAAUUUGUUGAUAUAGAGGGCUGUUGUGUAAGUCCUGAUGCAAUUAUUUUCGGCAAUUCAGGAAACUUUGAAGUUCAGAUGCCUGUGUCUGGGUAGGGUUCUUCUGUUCGUUGUUUUGUAUUGAUAUGUUGUUAUUCCUUUGCUUAUUGGUCUUCUUAUAGACAAUGCAGCUCCGAUAAAUUACAAGGUGGUCCCCACCACAUUUUGCUGGUUUAUUCAACGGUUUCUGGCAAGUGUCAGAGGUGUGAGGAUCGGCACAUUUGACACACCGCGUUGAGUGAUGGCAGUAGGCUUUUGAAUGACCUAAGUUUUGACACUUGAUGCAUUGGACGAUUAUAUGUUUCUGCUUCGGCUCUUCAAAUUUUACAGUAGAAUAUAGCAGUCUUUUGACUUCGAACAUUUCAGAAUUAUUCCGGGCUGAUUCGAAAUCAAUGAAAAAUCAUGACAGUGGGUAUUUCUCAAUUGGAUGUAAAACAGGAGGUAUAUGUCUUACAUUGUGGCCGAUAUCUUUAUGAUCUUUUUCUAUUGUGGUUGUGGGAGUAGUUGAGUGAAGACCUCUCAAAACGACCCUAUAUUUUUUUUCUUCUUUUAAUUGAGAGCAGUGGAAGUCAUAAUUUUGUACUUUCAAUUAAUUAAUUCUUUUUUAAUCGUAUUUGGUAUUGGUGUUAAUCCAAUACAUCAUUCAUUAAAUUCAUAUCCAAUACAUCAUUCAUUAAUUUCAUAUUCAUUCAUCAUCAUUAAUCAUUGACGCGAGAAAAAUCCGGAAAUUGGUCUGUCCAAUCAGAUUAGCUAUUUUUUACCGAACUGAAUGAAGUUGUCAAUUUUGCUUACAUGUAUCAGUGGGUGCUCUGGUUCGGUUAAAGUCCAAGGUUCAGUGGUCUCCUUACUUUUAUUACUGAUUGCAACAGAAUGUUGCUCGAUGUGCCAGUAGGUGGUUUAGUUUCAGCUUUCAUAACUGAAUUAUUAUUAUUGCUAGUUUUUGAUUGUUUAUUUUUGUCUGCUUUGGGUGGCUGCUUUGAUUUGUCGGAUAUUUUUUUUGUUAUUUAUUUGGUAAGUUGCCCGCCGACCUGGGGGCAGAGUUUCUGUUGCGCUUUUGGAGAGUUCACCUUGUUAAUUACUGAGAAUCCGUUUUACUAAUUUCGGAGAAGGGGGUACCUACAUCUGAUUCAUCAAUAGUUUAUAAACUCACUGUUUACAAAGUCUGAGAAUAGGAUUUGAGAUAAUCACCACAUAACAAAGUAGCAAAGAAAUGACGAUACGGAUAUUGGACUGCAGUUGCGGCCAUGACACUUGAUACUCCAAAACUUUUUUAAAAUGGAUUGUUUUUCUAAAAAGUUUCACAGAAACUGAUAAAAUGGUUCCAUAAAAGUUUCAAACACUGUCAAAAACCAAAUGAUAACGAGUGUUUUGAACAUUUGGAUUAAAAUAACUCAAAAACUAAUAUUCAGACUUUCAUUCUAUUAAUAAGGGACAGUUACAGAACUUCACCAUCUUUGUGAUGUGCUAUAAUUCAAAAUUGUAUUUUGAUUUGACGAUCAGUUAGAGUCUGAAAGGGAAAAAACCAAAAAAAAAAAGUGAUAAUAACGACUGCUGUUUCAAAAUGUUUUUCCGAUGAAAUUAUGACUGGCCAGCUCGACCUAUUUUUUUAACAAAAACAAAAUUAUUUUUCAUAUUAUCUAUCCCGCCUUGUUAAUGUUUCCAUUCCUAUCGUUUGGUCUUAAGUACACAAUUAGUUUUAUUAUUUUUUUUUUCGAGGACCGCACAAACAUUACAUGCAGAUAUUUUUUUUUUUUUUUCUUACAAAGUACCAUUAUUAAAAAGACGAGCACCCCAAAACUAAAUUAAAGACCAUUUCUGUAGAGAACUAUAGUUAACCCACGGAAAUAACGGUCCUCUUCCUGAUUACCUCAUUUGAACUAGUGCGUUCACGAACUGCGCACCCUUUCAAACGAUCUUCAGACUGUCUUUUAUUGACCGGACGCCCUGAGGACAGUCACAAUAAACUUUUACUAUGUCUGAGCUACUGUUUUUUACUCCUUUAUUGUACCUUCCAACCUCGCCUCCCCCAGUUACCUGGACAGAAGCGUAAGGAUUUAGUCUAUUUUAUUAUAUUCAUUAGUGUAAACUGUAUCAAAAGUAUUCUUUUUCAUUAUUGUUUCAUAUGAUUAAAGAUAUUAUUUUUUAUAAAGGUGUAUAUAUAUAUAUAUAUAUAUAUAUAUAUAUAUAUAUAUAUAUAUAUAUAUAUAUAUAUAUAUAUAUAUAUAUAUAUAUAUAUAUGUAUGUAUAUAUUUUUUUUGUAUUAUCUCCUAUUUUUACUACUAAUAAAACUGAAUGAUCACUUCAUAUUGUCAGGAUAGUUUCCCAAACGAAAUAAAAUGUAAAAAUAAAAAUUAAGAUUCUUGAUUAAAAUAAUGUUCACAAUUAUUUUAUCUCAGGUAUGGGGUACUGACAAUUAUAUCAAAACAUUCAGACAAACUAAAACUAUCUACCUUAAACACUAUUGAUUUUAAAAUAUAUGCAAUUGAUUUUAAAAAUUUGUAUAUUCACUGUCGUUUCCUUUGUGGCACUGUAAUUCAUUUGUAUUUAAACACUUCCCAAUGUCCUGUUAAGCACACUUUCAAAUAUGGUAACACUCUUAUCUACUCAAAUCAAGAAAUACAUCCUCUCUCUUGUAAUUCCAAACAACUAGUGAUGGGGCCACAUAGCACAUAGGCCACAUAGCUGUGAUUCUGGCAAAGUGACUGGACCAGAGAGAUCACAGAAAUUCAUUUUGGAGCACCGAAAUCACAGUGACAGUCACUGUAAAUUGAACAUUCAUUUCUGUAUAUUUCUGAAUGAGGUAUGUCUGAAAUAAUUAAUGGAAAGUAUUUCAUUCACUCCUUUAUUUAUUGCUUGAUUACCAUUUAUUUUAUAACAAAAUUAUUUUUCAAAAACAUAAAAUAAAUUUAUGAAAUAAUUAUGAUUCUGAAAGAAGUUCAAAAUCCAUGAAUAGUGAAAAUAUACAACAAUAUACAAUUAUUACUAUCGUUAAUCUACUUUACUAUUAUCAUCACUACAUUCUAACCAAAUAAUCAUCAAUAACCAAGCAAUUAUAAUGAAAUAAAAGUCUAAAAAUCAUUAGAUGACCAGAGGAUUUGAAUUGAAGUAGCUCGGAGAUGUAUAAAGAGUAGUGGGAUUGGAUGACUUGAAAGAUGAAGGAUGCCAGGAAAUACUUACAACGGUAGAAAGGAUAAAGCCACUUCAAAUCUGCAUAAAAACGGUAAACAGAGGUAUCCUUUGGGAUUCCCAGGAUGAAUCGUACAAAGCAAUUUAUAAAACGUUUUAGUUUCCCAGACCCCCAGAGACGCUCCCAUAUACCAUACAGCAAUAGUCAAAGUGUG